CUGAACGGAACUAAAUUCUUUAAAUCCAACGGUGAAAAAUAUAGCGUUGGCCAAACGCCACUUUAAUCUUCAAAAAUUCAAAUUCUCCUGAAACCCUUCCGUAUAUAAAACCCUGAAUCCAUUGUUAAAAAAUCUCGCCCCUUUCUCUGUUUUUUCAGUUCUCAAUUCUCUUUCAUUUCUCAUUUUCUUGAAUCAGACUGUAAAAUGGCUCUGCCCAAUCAGCAAACUGUUGAUUACCCUAGUUUCAAACUUGUUCUUGUUGGUGACGGUGGUACAGGGAAAACAACAUUUGUUAAAAGGCAUUUGUCGGGUGAAUUUGAGAAGAAAUAUGAACCUACGAUUGGUGUUGAAGUUCAUCCAUUGGAUUUCUUUACAAAUUGUGGAAAAAUUAGGUUUUACUGCUGGGAUACUGCUGGUCAAGAGAAGUUUGGCGGUUUGAGAGAUGGAUACUAUAUUCACGGUCAAUGUGCCAUCAUCAUGUUCGAUGUGACGGCGAGAUUGACAUACAAGAAUGUUCCAACAUGGCAUCGGGAUCUAUGCAGGGUGUGUGAGAACAUUCCAAUCGUGCUAUGUGGAAACAAGGUUGAUGUUAAAAACAGGCAGGUGAAGGCCAAGCAAGUCACCUUUCACAGGAAGAAAAACUUGCAGUACUACGAGAUUUCUGCUAAGAGUAAUUACAACUUUGAGAAACCCUUCCUCUACCUUGCCAGGAAGCUUGCAGGUGAUCCCAACUUGCAUUUUGUUGAGUCUCCCGCUUUGGCUCCCCCUGAGGUGCAGAUUGAUUUGGCCGAGCAGCAGAGGCAUGAACAAGAGCUUGCUGUUGCAGCUGCACAGCCACUUCCAGAUGACGAUGAUGACGCAUUUGAGUAAAUUGGGAGUCUGAGAGAUUUGUUUUCUUCUGGAUCCUUUGUUUUGUGUUAAAUUUCUGUAGUCGUCCAAGGUCGACUGCACUAAAGUUGAAUUUGCUUAUCUUCUCUUAAGGGUUUUGGAUAAAUUGGUAGUUGUAGGAUGUUUUGGACAGUUGAUAAGGUUUGUAACUUUGUAUAACCUUUGUAUUGGUAGUAUUGAGAAACAUUUUUCUUGGAAGGUAUGAUGUUCAAUGUGGAACUAUACUUUGA